CUGAGGCGGAGUCCUCCCCUCCACUGAUUGGCUAAGACGCGCUGCAAUAGAGCGAACGUUCUAUCACGCUCACUCCCGGGGCCUCCAUCGGCAGCUCCUUUCUUCGAGGCGUGGUUGAAGCUCUUCCUUUACAAGUUACUUUUUUUUAACGUUGUGCUAUGUCUUCGGAGGAGAGUAGUGAUGCAAAUCCGGCGGCGCCUGAGACCCAAGAGACAGAACAACAGAACGCCAUCAGCCGGGUCGCAAACCUUCCGCUGGUGAGCUCCACGUACGACAUGGUGUCGUCCGCGUACGCCUCCACCAAGGAGACCCACCCGUCAAUCAAGUCCGUCUGUGACGUGGCCGAGAAAGGGGUCAUGACCCUGGCAGCCGCGGCAGUGACCGGCGCCCAGCCUCUGCUGACCAAGCUGGAGCCUCAGAUUGCGACGGCCAACGAAUACGCCUGCAAAGGGCUGGACAAGUUGGAGGAAAAGCUGCCCAUUUUGCAGCAGCCGUCUGAAAAGGUGGUGGCUGACACCAAGGAACUGGUCUCCACCAAAGUGACCGGAGCCCAGGGCCUUGUCUCCAGCACCGUCAACGGCACCAAGGACGUGGUGAGCGGGGCGGUCGGCCUGGCCAAGGGCGCGGUGCAAGGCAGUGUGGAGGUGGCCCGCUCCGUGGUGGCCGGCGGCGUGAGCACCGUCUUGGGGUCCAGAGUGGGCCAGAUGGUGGCCACCGGCGUGGGUGUCCUCCUGGGCAAGUCCGAAGAGCUGGUGGAUCAUUACCUCCCUAUGACCGAUCAAGAACUGGCCGCGCUGGCCACGUCCGUGGAGGGCUUUGAGAUGGCCACCGUGGAGCAGCAGAAGGAGCAGCGGAGCUACUUUGUGCGCCUGGGCUCCCUCUCGGCCAAGCUGCGCCACCGCGCCUAUGCGCACUCCUUGGCCAAGCUGCGGGAGGCCAAACUGGGCACCCAGGACGCCCUGGCCAAGCUCCACCAGACCCUCGAACUGAUGGAACACGCCAAACUGGGGGCGGAUCGGAAACUGGAAGGCGGUCAGGAGGAGCCGCACCAGAUGGAUCUGGGGUCAGACCAGAAGCAAACUGGGAGUGAAGAGCAGGCGGAGCCCUCGGCCCAGCCGGAGGUCGAGUCCCGGACCCUCGCCACCUUCCGCAACUUGACCCAGCAGCUCCACCAGUCCUGCUCCACCCUGGCGGCCCGGGUCCAGGGCCUCCCCUCCGGCGUCCAGGACAAGGUCCGGCUCCUCCGCAGCACCGUGGAGGACCUCCAGGCCUCCUUCUCGGGGGCCCGCUCCUUUCAAGAGGUGCCCGCCGCCCUACUGACCCGCAGCCGCGAGCGCAUCGCCGGGGCCCGGGGCUCCCUCGAGGAGAUGGUUGAGUACGUGGCCCAGAACGUGCCUUUGCCGUGGGUGGUGGGGCCCUUCGCCCCCCGCCUGGUGGAGCUCCCGGACGCCCCCCAGACUCAGGAAGAACCCACCGAAAAGACUGAGCAGAAAGCCGAACUGUAGGCUGUUGGGAAGAGAUGACGAUCACAACAUCUUUGGGAGCUCUCCGAGGUGCUGAAUCCCGUCCCCCAGCUCCUUUCUGCACCUUGGAGAGCUCCUCUGCUUCCCAACCGGGGGCAAAUUUCAACUGGAAAGAUCACUAUUUUCCGUUAAAGAGAUGGGGAUUUCAGCUGAACACAGCGGCUCUUAUCUUUAUUGAGUCAGUUAACAACUAUAUACACAGCACAGGCGGAGCGGAGCAUAUACACGUCUGGCUCGAUUGAUGGCAACAAGCGAAGUACCUUAUCUCUGAACAUGUCACAGCUGGAAGGAACACCAAAGGCCUUCCCCAUUUUGCCAGGCAGAAAGACACCAUCCGACCCCUCCCGACAGAUGUCCGUCCGACCCCACAAGGCACUAAUUGGCUCUCCAAAGGAUUGAAUCUCUUCCUUAAGUCCUUUCAGCACCUUGGAGAGCUCCUCUGCUUCCCAAAUAGGGGCAAAUGUCAACUGGAAAUAUCACUAUUUUCCGUUAAAGAGAUGGGGAUUUCAGCCGAACACAGCGGCUCUUAUCUUUAUUGAGUCAUUUAAUGACUAUAUCAACAACAACAAUUCUUUAUUGAUUAGUCAUUUUUGACCAUAUCAAAACAUGUAAAUGUAAAACAUACAUAGGCUCUCCAAGGGACUGAAUCCCUUCCUUAAGUCCUUUCAGCACCUCUUCUUCCCAGCGGGGCCCUACUUGCAAUUGGGUGUGCCAUGUUUUCAUGUAAAAAAAAGAGAGAUGGGAAUCGUAACAUCUUCGGGAGCUCUCCAAGUGCUGGAUCCGUACUCCUUGCUUUGUUCAACUUCUUGGAGAGUUCCUCCGUUGCCUAAAUAGGGCCGUCGUUCAACCUGGAAAGUGUCUGGGAACUCAGCGUCUUUAGGUGAGCUCUCCAAGGUGCUGAAUCCCUUACCAGGCUCUUUUCAGCACCUUGGAGAGUUCCCCGGCUUCCCAGUGGGGUCCAACUUGCAACUGGAUGUGCCACGAUUUACUUGUAAACAAAAGAAAGAAGGCGAUCUCAACAGCUUUGGUUACUCUCCAUAGUUCUUGAUCCUUUCCUAGCUCCUUUCAGGACCUUGGAGAGUUCCUCGGCUUCCCAACGGGAACCAACUUGCAACUGGAUGUGCCAUGAUUAAUUACUAGUAAACAAAAGAAGGCGAUCUCAUCAGCUUUGGUUGCUCUCCAAGGUUCUGGAUCCUUUCCUAGCUCCUUUCAGAACCUUGGAGAGCUCCUCGGCUUCCCAACGGGCUCCAACUUGCAACUGGAUGUGCCACGAUUUACUUGUAAACAAAAGAAAGAAGGCGAUCUCAACAGCUUUGGUUGCUCUCCAUGGUUCUGGAUCCUUUCCUAGCUCCUUUCAGCACCUUGGAGAGAGUUCUUCUGCUUCCUAGCUAGGUUUCCAGCUCCCUUUCAACCGGAAACAAAACCUGGAACGGAUUCCUUGCUCCCACUAACAUGGAACGAAAGUGUCAACACUGGUCUUUUGGUGCGAUUCUCGGAUUCCUGAUGGUCUCGGGAUGAUAUCUGUCAGAUGUGGAUGAUGGAUGUGAGGCGGGUAUAUUGAGACACUUACAGCCUCCUGUCUCAAUUCUCCCCUCAGCAUCUGCCUAGUAGCACGAACAAAUGAGACUGCAUAGCUGUCUGCCAAUCCCAACGGUCAUUAGUCUUUAUUUACAGCUAUGUACACAAAUAGAAGCCAGAGCUGCUCAGACACAUGUUUCUCCAACAGCAACAAUGAGUUAAACAUUUCACUAUUUUGACCAUAACCUUGACAAUAUCCAUGUGCCUUGAAUGGAAUCUCUGCCGUUGCCUUCCUUUGAUCUGCAUGUGGACACGUCGUUUGCCUUGACGUGGUUUGUGCUUUCGAAAAACGCCGGAAAAUGGUCCCUCCAAAUGCAUCCCAAUGUCGUUUUUGAAGCAUGUUUACUUCCUUUGAUCGCAUGCAACUCAUAAGGACUCUAUUGGUUUUUUUAGAAUGUAGAAAAAUAUAAUUUCCUGGUAUGAUUCUUGAAUGGGAUUUUCUUCUAAUGACACUAAUCUUCGUCGAACGGAGAACUUUGUUAUGCUUAUUAAGUGCCACUAAUAUUUUUAUUUUUAUUAAUUUUUUAAAAUUAUUGGAGCCCCCGGUAGUGCAACGGGUUGAACCGCUGAGCUGUUGAACUUGUGGUUGGGCAGUUCGAAUCCGGUGAGCUCCCACUGUUAGCCCCAGCUUGUGCCAACCUAGCAGUUCGAAAACAUGCAAGUGUGAGUAGAUCAAUAGGUACCGCUUCAGCGGGAAGGUUUGGCCUAAUAUUCUUAUUUUUCAGCCUUGAAAGAAAUGUCUUCGGUAUUGAAUCCAGAGGCCUUUAUAGAUUGUAGAAUGAUGAUUUUGGUAGUAUCUUAUUUUUAAAUAAUAAAAAAUAUUCUUGUGCAAUGACUGUUUAUGAA